GUGCUGGUUACAUCAGUAUCAAUGCAACCAAAAUUUUUUCUAAUAAUUAUCAAGGACCAAGGUAACGAAAAUAAAAAUAUGUGUAAUGAACUAAAAUCAGUGAAGUGAAAAUCGAUGAAAUUAAGCAGUUAUUAAAAGUAUUUGAUAAUUGUUACACGUUAAUUAACGUACUAUAUUCAAUUGUGUUGUUACGCUAUUGGUGAUAAACACUUUCUCUCAUUGAUGUAGUUGAGUUGUGAAGUUUUCCUUGGUGUGUAUUUGUCGAACGUAUCAUAGUAAAAAUGCCACUUUCAAGUGUUAAACUCAAAGAAGACGAUCGUGUCAAUGUUGAACCAACAACGGUGGCGGGUAUCUCAGCUUUCUUGGGAAAACUAUGGAAAAUGGUUGAAGAUCCGAAGACCGAUGAACUUAUUUCAUGGGGAAAGACCGGAAGUACGUUUGUCAUAAAGAAUCAGAUAGAUUUUGCAAAAACCAUAUUGCCGAAUUACUAUAAACAUAAUAAUAUUGCUAGCUUCAUACGGCAAUUAAAUAUGUAUGGGUUUCACAAGAUAAUUUCCACCACUUCUGGCGCGUUGGAUUCCAACGAUAACGAUGAGAUUGAAUUUACACAUCCGUGUUUUGUCAGAGGGCAUCCAUAUUUAUUAGAACAAAUAAAGAGAAAGAUGAACAAUCCGAAAGAAAAUCUUGCCAAAAGCGAAAGCGGUAAUCAAUUCAACGAAUCAAUCAAGAGGGUUUUCAAUGAUAUAAAGAACCUGAAAGGCAAACAAGAGUAUUUAGGCUCCCAGUUGAGUUCGGUUAAACAAGAAAACGAAAUAUUAUGGCGAGAACUGUCAUUAUUGCGGCAGAAACACGCAGCGCAGCAGAAUGUGUUGAAUAAAUUGAUCAGAUUUCUAGUUUCGCUAGCACAACCUUCUAAUCAUGGAAUCGUGAAGCGAAGAUUAGUACCUUUGAUGCUGAAAGAUUCAUCAUCUUCGUCGUCGUCGUCAACUUCAAGAACAAAACAAGAACCAAUUAUUCAAGAUGGUGAUCAUCUGUACACAAUAAAGAAGCGACGGGAAGCCUCAUCACCAGGACCAACUAUACAUGAAAUUCAUCCUUCGGAAAUGUUAGAUAAUGUACAAAUAAUAGAAACUCCUGUUAUGGACAUGGUUGCUGACAGUCCUGUCAUAAUUGGAAAUGAAAUCAUUAAUAGUCCAGCAUCUACCUCCUCACAUUCUGAUCUAAGUGCACUGUCUCCUAAUCCUGUCCCUGCUGCUUUGUAUCCCAGUUCAUCUCGUAAAGGUAACACUCGGCAAUUCUUGGUAUCUCAACCCGUGAUGAUAUCUGGACGUCAUUCCCCAGAAUACGUGAUACCAGAUUCCACCGAUAAUCCUUUGAUGGAAUUAGUCCAAGAAACUGUCGCAGAUGACGAUGAUAAUGAAAAUGAUUAUAUAACGGUUGUCGAUACCGAUGGUACUGAAAUGGUGGCUCAAGAUUCUCCCGAACCUGUGAUUAUCGAUAAAGGUAGAAAGAGGAAUUCUCGAAAAAAUGUGAAGAAAAAUCCUCCCCCUCAGCUGAACGUUGUAAAAACCAUCGCUCCCAAACCAAAGAUCGAGACGAAGAAAAAAUCGGCCCCUGUAGUUGAUGAGAAGAAAAACGAACCGGAUGAUUUUCUUGUAGAUUUAGCAAGUUUGAGUGAACCUAUGGUAGAAGUACAGACACCAUCUACGAGCGGAAUCGCAUCACAACCAAUGACUACGCCAACGUCUACGGAUCAAGUUCUGAAAACGAUCACAAAUCCGGAAGAAUUCAUACCAAAUAAUAAAAUCAACAUAAACGUCGAUGAAAUUAUCAAUAUUCCGCCGAGUACGACUAAUCUUAGCGAUUUAGGUUUAACCAUUGAUGGUGUGACAAGCUUACAGAAUACUUUAAUUUCUCCGAGUGGAAAUAACGCGGACGGAAGUGACGACAUAGUAUUUGAGUUACAUGAGGAUAAUAUUAAACCUUUCGCUCAAAAAUCCGAAGUUGGUGCUAAUACAAGUAACAAAUCCGAUAACGAAGCUCUUAUGAAUCGUAUUAGCGAGUGCAUUGACAACGCUCAAAACAUGAAGAUCGCCUGCACAGAUAAUUCUGUUCUGACGAAUAAAACGUUGGCAGAUCUUUCAAUGCAUCUAGAUAGCACUCAAAAUGACCUCGACCAGUUGAAAAAACAGAUACAAACUGGGCAAUAUGUCUUAGACAUGAAUACGAUAUUGGAGAUAUUUAAUGAAGAUCCUAUGGACUACAAUAUGCCUCCUGAAAACUCAAACACAUUUCCCAAAACGUCUGAUGAAGUUUUAGGAAAUGAAUUGAUCAGCGCAUCUACGAUGUUUGAUUUCAAUGAUAUAUUUAACCAAAACGAUUGGAGUCAACCUGCCACCCCAUUAAGUACGAUUGAUGCUGAUUAUUGCGAAUUAAAUACACCGCAGAUUGAAAGUAGUCCUACUGAAGAAAGUCAAAUACUGCAACCACCACCUUCUAAAAAACUUAAAAGUAAAUAAAUUCAAUUUUUCCAUUCAUAUAAAGAUUCAUUUCAUUUGUAUAGGUAUUCUUAAGGUUGUUUUCACUUGAUUAUUUAGGUAUUUGUAUUUUUAAAACAAUUUUUAAAACAUUUACAGCAGUUAGGAAUUAAUUGUGUGCAAGACUGAAUGGAACAUGUGAUGUUAUUGUAUUGUAAAUGUAGUUUUCAAUUUUCAUAGUCUAGUCAGUUUCAUCGUAUACAAUGAACAUAUUUUGAGUUUUUUGGUGAUGAGAAAAUUCUUUUGAAUGAGGUCGAAAUGUCGUAAUUGUUUUUCUUUAAUAAGUAUCAAUUUUUACUUAGGUUUAAUGAAAUUAUGAUAUUUUUUGUUUAACUUAUCUCACUGCAAUCACUUCAAUAUCAUAAUUUUUUCAAUUUUUUCCGCAAUCUUUCAAUAUUUUUGGAGUAUAACGUUUGGAAGCUAAGACCAGUGACUUUCAAAAUGGCUAGAGGCCGGAAUGGGACAAGAAAUAAUUAGCAUUCAAAUUUUCAUUCAGCUUCAAAUAGUGGUAAAUUUGUGCAUUUCAGAGUAAUUUUCUUCUUCUUUUCCCGAAAAUAUAACGAAAAAAAAUUGUAAACUGUGCACCUGAAGAUUCUUUUUUCAAAUUUGUAUUCAAAUAUUCUUUUCGCGGCUUUAAAAUAGCCAGAAUGUAACCCUUCCUUCAGUUCCUUCCUUUGGCGCUGAUAGACAUAGGACAAGGUCAUAUUUUAAAUACUUUUUUUUUUUCAUUGGAAAUUAAAUACGAUAUUUUUUAAACAAAUUAAUGUAAUAAGAAUAAUGAAGUAUUGAAAGACCAGGAUAAAAAGUUUAUUUUUUUCUAGUUUUCUGAAAAAUAAGACGAUGCUCGAAAUAUGUAUAUAAUAUACUCGUACUUGGAAGAAAUUUUAUAGGAGACCGUUUGCUGCUGCAUGUUUAAUAUUUUUAAAUUCAUUUUUACUGUGUUACUUCAAAGCAAAUACGUUUUAAUUUUAUGCAUUUUUAUAGGCUAAUUGAACUCUUUGCUACCUUGUUUGCCGAUUUGAAUGCGACUUUGAAGUAUGUGUUUCAAUCGUAUUAUUCAAACGUGUGAUCGUUUACGGUAUUAAGGUUUUAAUUCAGUUCUUAUUGAUUGCAUACGUAUUGUAAAUUAUUGUUCAUUAUUUCUAUGUCCGUAUCCAGUUUAUGAGAUUUUCUGGUUUUAUUCAUUUAGAGCAAUUCAUUUAAACGUAUCAAUAAUGUUGUUUAGAAUAAGUUCAUUUUAUCCAUAAUGUACGUAUAGAAAAGUUUUUUUUUUUAGAUGAAUUCUGUAUGAUUUGUAAAUGUAUAGUUGUUGAGUGAUUAUUUUCUGGGAGGGUUCCUUUAUAAAUUUAAUGUUUCUUAAAUUUAAUACGACUGUUUUACAAAUAACAUAUUUCUCGACAGUUUUUGUUUCUUAUCGCUGUAUUUUUAUCUAACUUUUUAUACAUUAGUAAGAGUUUUUGAUAAUUGAAUUUUAUUAUGCAAAAAGGUAUUCCUUCUCUGAUUCCUGGUGAUGAUUAAAAUUGAACUGAAUCCAUGUUUGGUGUGCUCUUUUUUAAAAGAAUUUUAUUUAUAAAGGGAUUAAUAUUUUUAAAUUGUAUAUUAUAAUGUAUAAUAGAUGUAUGGUUAUCGAUGUAAAUAAAACUAGUUACUCGUCUAGAAAUGAAAAAUGUUUAUGCUUAUAUUCGAUAUAAGUACUUGAUAAAUGAAAGGUUGAGAAACGUGAUAUUGUAUGCGUUAUGGUUCGGGGUUAUUUUAAUGUUACCUUUGAAAAAAUUUUUAUUUCUUUGAAUGAUGCGAUGUAAUAGUAAAAAAAAAGUAAUUGCUGAGUACGCAAAAAAGUUGUAUAAUUCUUUUCUAAUUAUUUACACAAGAAUUAAUAUUUUCAGUUAACUUACUCAUUUUUAUUAUGAAUUCGUUUGUAACAUAAUGUUAAAUAAAAGUUAUUUGAUUUUUA